CGCGUGAACAAAUGCUUCAAGGACUUCACGUCGCGAAGAAACGCGGACCGGCUCGUGGCGUCGGGCGCGGUGACCGUCAACGGCGCGGUGGUCGCCGCGGGGGCGAUGGUGUUCCCCGGGGACGUCGUCGAGCUGCGCGGCGAGAGAGUGCGAUGGGAGACGCUCAACUACGUGAAGUACUGGAAGCCGCGCGGGGUGACGUGCACGACGGACGCGCGCGACCGGACGAACAUCGUCGACGCGGUGAACUACCCGGACGCGCGGUUGUUCCCCGUCGGACGGCUCGAUAAGGACAGCACGGGCUUGAUCCUUCUCACCUCGGAUGGUCGGCUGCCCAACGCGGCGCUGCGAAGCGGGCGAAAGCGCGAUAAAAAGUAUCUCGUCGUCGUGGACGCGGUCGUGCGACCCGAGGACGUUCGAAUGCUGCGAGACGGCGUCGUGAUAUCCACGCCCGUGCAGAGGGACCGCGUGGACAGGGUCCUCACCGCGCGCACGCUGCCGUGCGAGAUCGACGUGGUCGGCGCGCGCACGUUGGAGAUCACCCUGCGCGAGGGCCGGAACCGGCAGAUUCGCCGGAUGCUCGACGCGGUGGGCUAUCGCGUGAUUAACCUGCACAGGACGGAGAUCAUGGGGAUCGGGUUGAGGGGGACGCGUGAAGGGAGAUGGGUCGAGUGCGACGAGGAGGAGCUC